UUAUUUCACGUUUAAAGUUCGUACGUGCGCUGAACGGACGGACUGUUACGACCGGAGUGUUGUGUUGUGAGUGCGAAAGCGUAAAAUCGGCCAGGCGGAUAUACAUACAUAUAUAUAUGCACUUCCCCCAAAACGAAAAAAAAAAAUUUAAAAAAAAAAACGUCACACAAUCGCCUAUUUUUUGAAUCGUUUUCGAGUGAUGAUCUUUGUGCUUUAUCUAAAUUAGACUGAGUUCAAAACCAAGUAUACAUGUGAAACAAAAUUAGCUAAGUAAAGAGCAGCAAACUUUUGGAUAACCCCACGUUUCCGGAACCAUCUUUUACGUACGUGCCUCAUCAUAAAACGCGCCCUCAACGAGGCAUUCGAGCGGAACCACAAACCAAAAACGGCCAAGCCAAAGAAAUAUUAAAAAAAAAGUAUAUCUAACAAAAAAGGAAACCAAUAAAUAAGUACAUAACACAUAAAAAAACCCAUGCGUGAAUCAACAAAAAGCAAAGAAAGAAAGUAAUGUGUAAAUUCUUUUUUUACACACACAUAUCGUGUACAUAUAAAUAUUAAUUCCAGCCGAGGCAAUUAUAAUACUUAAUGAAUUUAUUGCACAAUUAAAGCGAAGCCAACUAAUAACAACAACAAAUUAAUAUGCCGAUGGCGUGAAAGUCACAACUCGACGCAUGAGAAAUCCCCCCUGCGCCACCGCACUGAAUUAUUAAUGAAAUCGAAUUACAAACAAAGCCCAGCCAGCAGCGGCAAUAACGAUUGCGAUUCGGAAUAAAGAAAAAAAAUAAAUAAUAAAUAAUCAUAAAUAAGUACACACAUCAACAAGAGUCGCGGAACGUGGACGGCUUAAUCAGCGAAAAGUCAGGCAGCUGGAAAAUAUUGCAGGAAAGGCGCAGGCGCCGCUUUUCACACGAGUUGGCAGCACACGCCACAUAAAUUGGCAUUUACCGUUAAGCGCGCUGCCGUACUUUGCGGUCGGGACAAGCAACAACCACAACAACAACCACAACAACAACAACAACAACUCAACACCUCCACCGAACCACCAAAGAAAAGCCGUCAAAGUGGAUUUAACAAAUUAUAAUAAAAUGCUGCAAUCCAGCAAUCAUCAUUAUUUAAGGCCGGAUUAUAUGACAGCUGCAGCUGCCCCAACAGCGCAGCUGGACAACAAAAGCAGUCCGUUGGCGCUAUUGGCCCAAACAUGCAGCGCCAUCGGAGCGGAUACCACAAACCCCAAGCUGCUGGCGGCGAACAUCGAGAAGUCCACAAAGCAACUGCAUCACCAGCCCAAGGGAUCGAGUGGAGGAGGCUCGGGUUCGGGAUCGGGUGCGUUUGGCCUGGGCCAGCAGACAUCAAUGGAUGGCGGUGGACGCGAUAAAUCCUCGCCAGUUAGCAGUCAUUCAUCCAGCGUCAGCACCGGUUCCGUGGAGCAGCAGCAACUGCCCAUGGCCCAUGGCAGCAACAGCAGCGGUAGCAUCAGCAGCAAGCCCACACCGACCACCUUUAAGCCCUACGAGCCGAAUAACAACAUCAGCAACAUGACCACAGCAGCCAUCGAUUGCGGCGCCACAAAUCUCAGUAGCAACAACCCCAGUGGCCAGCAGCGGGUUAAGACCCCCAAAUCGACGGCGAACGGCGGUGGCCAGCGUUGCGAUUCGAACCAGAGUGCCAGCUCGCACCGGGAAUCGCCCACGGCAGCGGCUGGCUCCCUUCGAAGGACCCCCACCUCGGGCAUGGGCGGUGGUGGCCAGCUGAAUGGCAGUCCCGGCCUGCCGCCCUCCUCCUCCGGUCGCAGCAGCUCCAAGGAGUCGGCCGCCAUGCACAGUCCAAGUGCAGCCGCAGCGGCUGCGGCGGCGGCGGCCCAAAUAGCCAGCUCGAAUCGCCUGCAGGAGGCCGCCCUGGCCGCCGCCAAGGAGGCCAGCUAUGUAAAGGCCCUGCAUGCCGCCAGCCAACAAGGAUCCGCAGCAGCUGCAUCGUACUAUCCGCCCGGUUACGGCAGCCCCUAUUCCAUGGACUUGAUGACCGCCAGUUCGCUGAUGUCGCCGCACCACGCGAUGUUCAAGGCGUCGGCGAUGAAUCCGUAUCUGAACUACGCCCGGAUGAAGGGCCUGACGGAGCAGUCGAUGAUGGCGGCCACGCCCAAUGUGUGCCGGGAUCCCUACUGCACGGGAUGUCCGGCCAGUCCGCAUUACAUCAAUAAGGCCUCCGGUCAGCCGUGUCCGGCGGGCUGUCCGCAGUGUGAGGGAGGUGGUGGUGGUGGCGGCGGAGGCGGUGGUGCACCCAAGUCCAGUAACUCCCAGGGAGGAUCGGGAUCGAGUGCGGCAGCAGCGGCGGCGGCGGCAGCAGCAUCCUCGUACCACGCCCAGUUGGCCGCCCUGGCCGCCGCCUCCCAGAUGCCCUAUGUGUGCUCGUGGAUCGGCAGCGAUGCUGCGUACUGUGGCAAGCGGUUCGGCACCUCCGACGACCUGUUCCAACAUCUGCGCACCCACACGGCCUCCGUUCCGGAUGCGGUACUGAGUGCAGCGGCCGCCGGCGGAAUACCGCCCAACCAUCCGCUGUUCCAGCGCACCUACCCCACCCCGCCGCUGAGUCCGCUGUCGGCGGCCCGCUAUCAUCCGUAUGGAAAGCCCUCGAUGCUGCCGCCCUCGUUGGCGCCACCCGGCAUGCCCGGCCUACCCCCGCAUCCGGCCCUGGCCCAGUACUUUGCACCGUACUCGUUAUACGGUCCCAGGAUGGGAUCCUCACAUCCGUAGUAGGCGGCCGACGAUCCUUCGGGGGGAAGUUCUUCGGCCUUCAGUCAAACCCAUCAUUUCUCUUGAGUCGUCGUCGUAUCUCUAUGUGUUUUUUGGUGUAUAUGUAUGACUCACUCGUGAAACGAAAAGCUAGUGAUCUAAUGUACUGUAGUUACAUACAAAUGUGUUUACAAUUUAGCUUAAGAAGUCUAGCGUCUAGAUAUUAAUCUAUCUAAAUAUCGAUGAUAUAUAUAUAGAGUGCAGCACAUCAAAUAUCGCUCGUCCUUGUGUGUCUGUGUGUUUCGUGGUUGCUACUAAACGCAUAUGGUAAUUUUAAUAUUAUUUAUUAUAUUCAAGCGAAACGAUUACAGAAUUAACGAAAUGAAAUGAAAAGAUUGUCCAAAAACUUAAAGUUGUAAAAUUCUUGUAAAAUAUAUGAGUAACUGCUUAUAAUUAAUUCUAUAUAUAUACCUAUACAUAACUGUGUAAUUAUGAACAAUAUUUUAAUGUUCAAUUAAGUCACUACAAAGAAAU